CAAUUUGAUGAGAUGUUCGCUGCAUCGCAAUUUUUAUUAAAAUAUAGUUGUAUCGUUUGUAUUAACAUUAAUUAAACAGUUAAACUUAUUAUAAUACAUUGUAAAAUUAAAAUUCAUGAAGAUCUCAGUUACAACAUAACUCUUGAUGCUGAUUGGAAAAUACUAGUCAUAUAGUUUUAAUUUCACCGGUUAAUUCUCAAAAUGUCUGAAAGUUCGUGCUAUAUCCUUGAUAACGGGGGCUAUACAGCAAAAGUUGGGUUCUCUACAGCAAACGAACCUAAAAUUGUACCCAAUUGUAUUAUGAAAGCAAAAUCUGAACGUCGUCGCCCUUUCAUUGCAUCACAAAUAGAUGAAUGUAGAGAUGCAUCUGGGCUCUUUUACAUAUUACCUUUCCAAAAAGGAUUCCUAAUUAAUUGGGAUACGCAGAAAACUGUUUGGGAUUUUAUUUUUAGCAAAGACUGUUGUCCAGUUAAUUUCAGUGAAGCCCCUUUAAUAAUAACGGAACCAUUGUUUAACUUUUCUUCCAUCCAAGAGGCUACGACGGAAAUAUUCUUUGAAGAAUACGAAUGUCAGUCAUUACUAAGGAUAAAUGCGACUGAUUUGGCAGAAUAUAACUACAGAAAAUUGAAUUCUAAUGAUUGUACUGUGGUUGUUGAUUCUGGUUACAGUUUUACUUACAUAGUACCUUAUAUAAAAGGAAAGAAAUACAAGCAUGGCAUUAGAAGAAUUGAUGUUGGUGGUAAAGUGUUGACUAAUCAUUUAAAAGAAAUUAUAUCCUACAGGCAGUUGAAUGUUAUGGAUGAAACUUAUGUUAUUAAUCAAGUGAAAGAAGACUCUUGCUUUGUCUCUCAAAAUUUUAUGGCAGAUAUGGAAAUUGCCAAAAAGAAAGGUUCAGAAAACACAAUAGUAAAGGACUAUGUGCUGCCAGAUUACACAACAAUCCGGCGUGGGUACUUACGUGAUGUUGUCAAACCUGAAGAGGACUUGGAACAACAAACUCUACGGUUGAACAAUGAAAGGUUUUCCAUACCGGAGUUACUAUUCCAUCCAUCAGAUGUUGGGAUAUCGCAAAUGGGUAUACCAGAGGCUAUAAUCGAAGCAAUAGAAGCAUGUCCAGAAGAGAAUAAAGAAAGUUUACUGGAGAACAUCAUUUUGUACGGAGGCUGCACACUAUUUCCUGGAUUUAGAGAUCGAGUUUACAACGAAGUUAGAAAAUUUGCUCUUGAUCAUUUUGAUGUUAACGUAACUCUUGCUGUUAAUCCUCUAACAUAUCCUUGGGAAGGUGGUAAACUUCUAUUCAAAGAUCCUGAAUUUUAUUCAUUUUGUAUGACAAAGGAGGAAUAUGAAGAAGAGGGGAAAUCUUUAGCAUUUGAACGAUUUGAUAUAUAGCGGCGUAAACGAGCUAAGAAAUCUUCAGAGUAGAUACCUAGCUCGGAAAACUUGUGCUGGAAUUUGCAAGACUUGUAAACAAACAUAUGACCGUUACACUAUAUAAUUUAUGGUUAUGAUUAAAGUUUAAAAUCACGCAUAUAAAAUAUAGAAUAGAAUUUGUAUGAAGGCAAAUGCUGUGCUUAAUAGGCGGGUACAAUAGUAAAAGAAUAUAAGCACACAGUGAAUCUAUCAACAUAUGGUUUAAUAAUAAAAUAUCGAACUAAAAUUAUUAUUGACUUAUAUUAAAUAAAGUGACGAUUCUAGUAGUAAAUAUGGAGAUCGCGAUAACAAUCAUAUUAACGAAUUCCACUUAGAUUAUGCAUGACCGUAUUAGUAAUAAGUAUUUAUUAAUGCUUAAUCUUUGUAUCUGUUUUGUAUUCAUUAUUGAUUAGACUUUGAUAACUGAAUGAAAGAAACAGUGUUUUUAUUUUUAAUCCAUAAGGAAUAGCUGUGAUCUAUCGAUUGCAACUUCUAUGAAAGCAAAACCAAC